AGCACAACUUUCGUCAAAACAAGCUUGAAUCGAGUGACGACUAUGUCAAUAUCUCAAGUUUUAUAAUAUCAUUAAUUUUUGGAAAUUAAAAGGCAAAAAUGGAUUAUAAGCCACCGACUAAAACAUUAGUGGAUCCAGAAUCUAAACUUUUAUACAACAACGAUUCCUCAACCAAAUAUGAUACCCAGGUCUUGUAUGAAAAUGAAGGAACACUUCAAAGAAGCUAUGGAACGAAUAUGUUACAUUUGUGUGUAAAAGGACUCAGACAGAAUCUAAUAUUAGUUCUAUUACUGCUUUCGGUGGUUUUUGGCUGUGCAAUCGGGUUUGGAAUAAGAGCAACAGGAAAACUAACGAAAAGAGAAAUCAUGUAUUUACAAUUUCCCGGAGAAAUGCUGAUGCGCAUGCUCAAAAUGCUCAUACUCCCAUUGGUUGUUGCAAGUUUAAUUGGCGGGAUCGCGGGACUUGACGCUAAAACAUGUGGCAAAAUGGGUCUGAGAACGAUGGCGUAUUUUGGUACCACCACGCUGUUAGCUGUCAUAUUGGGCAUCAUCAUGGCCGUGUCAAUUCGACCCGGGGCUAAUGGCGAUGACACUGAGAUCCCCAGGUACGGGGAGUCCAAAAAGCUGAACUCUGUGGACACCUUCCUGGACCUGAUAAGAAAUAUGUUCCCUGAUAACUUGAUUGUUGCCUGCUACACGGCGUACAAGACCGAUCUCAAAGAGACGAUUACUGUAGAGAAUAUUUCGGUUGCCCUGGAAAAUAUAACCUCAGACGUAGAAAACACGACUGAAGUCCUGAAAGAAUCUGUCACGGUGGAACCUUCGAAAGGAGAGACGGGUCAAUCUAACAUUCUAGGACUUGUCGUGUUCUCUGUUUGUUUUGGGAUCGUCAUUGGUCGGAUGGGUGAGAAGGGAAAACCGCUGCUGAACUUUUGCAACUGUGUCACCGAGUGCACCAUGAAGCUCUUUGUGGUCUUCAUAUGGUACUCUCCUAUUGGUAUAACGUUUCUGAUCGCUGGUAAAAUCGUGGGCAUGGCGGAUUUCGGAGUUCUGAUGACACGUGUCGGUCUGUAUUUCCUGACUGUCUUGUUUGGACUUCUGAUCCAUGGUGCCGUUAUUCUACCUCUCUUGUAUUUUGUCCUGACCAGACGCAACCCAUAUGCCUUUCUUCGUGGUAUUCUGGAAGCAAUGGCUACAGCUUUUGGGACUUCGAGCAGCUCAGCAACAAUGCCUGUUACUCUGCGUUGCCUGGAAACGAAUAAUGGAAUCGACCAGAGGGUUGGCAGCUUUGUGGUUCCUGUGGGCGCUACCAUUAAUAUGGAUGGGACGGCUCUCUACGAGGCAGUGGCAGCUCUUUUUAUUGCGCAAGUCAACGAUAUGGAUAUGUCAUUUGGCCAAAUAGUGACAAUCAGUAUAACGGCUACGGCAGCAUCUAUCGGCGCUGCAGGCGUACCGCAAGCUGGAUUGGUUACAAUGGUAAUUGUCCUUGCAGCUGUUGGUUUACCAAUUGAUGACGUAACUUUGAUCCUUGUUGUUGAUUGGUUUUUGGAUCGAUUUCGUACAAUGACAAAUGUUGUCGGAGACAGCAUUGGGGCUGGGAUAGUUUAUCACUUAUCCAAAGAUGAAUUAUCCGGAUACAACGAAGAUAAAGACAAUCUCAACCUUGUACGAGUUGAUAUUCCAAACGGGAAAGACGCCAUUACAGCGGUGUGAUAAGUGUACAGAAAUCGCACAUGGCAUAAUAGUGCAAUAUGACUGCUUCACUGUAAAAGAAUUAUUGCAAAGCAUAAA